AUGAAGGCAGCCAUUCUCGACAGCUUUGACACGCGAAUUGCCAAACUCGAGAAAUCGAUUCUACCGCUGUACACAGCGGCGCAGUUGCUCAACAAACGGAGGAACAACAUCGACAAGGCGUUGUUGAAGAUUGAAGACAUGGCGUCCAACCAGGAUGAUUUAUCGGCGGAAGAGAGUCUGAUUCUGAGAGGUCCACAACCGGGGCAACUACACGUCUACAAAGACGCAUUGGAGCGGUUGAACGCCAAUAUCGCGUUCAAGGGUAGCGAUGGAGACGUCGAACAGAUUGCAUCUCUAGUCGAAACAGGGACGAAGAAACUCACUCAACUGUACACCAAAGUCGUCGCGGAAGGCUCUUCAGGGACGACGCCAGCACCGGGCACCGCAGAGUACUCCAUGCCCACGUCGUUCCCCGCAUCGCUGUUGCCGACACUCUCGCCUGUGGUCAAGUUCCUGCGGACACUGCCCCUGCCAUCGACACAUCCAUCGCAUCCCGCCGCACCGACCAUUGCAAAGACGUUGAUGGAGGCUCAGCGUGGAUACGCCGAUAUGAGAGGAAACUGGGCGGUCAAGUGUUUGGACGGACAAGGGAAGCGCUUGGUCGUGCGGGCAAACGAAGUCGACCCGUUGGUCACUGGUAGAGCAUUCGGCGCAUGGGUGGAGCUGAUACUGGGAACUGCAGAUGAAGAAUACAACCUUUUGCUCGAGUUAUCACCUCUAUCUAGCCCUUCAUCAAUAGCAAGCGCAUACACCGUCCUCCUCGCCCCGAUUUUGCGGUUAUUCAACACCAUCCUCAGCUCCCUCAUCGCGCUCACGAAGAAGAACCUCCAGAAAUUGAGCUUCCUGGCGCUCUCGGCUUACGAGUCCUUACUCUCGCUGCAGACACAUUGGGAAGCCAUCCUUGCUCGCGCGUCCGACCAGUUACGUGACAAGAACGAGUUCAAGGACGGUCUGCCUCUGCUGAGAAGCCUGUGCUUGCGAAGCUUCCCUGAAUUCCUGGCCGAUAUAAAACUGAGCACGACGUCUCGUGGCGUUUCGGACACCAAUGUGAACCUCAUGCAAUUCACCGAAGAGACCGUUCUUUACAUCUCGAGGAUACCGGACGUGCAGGGCGCUGUGUCUGCGGCGUUGACGGCGCUCGGAGACGGCAACUGGAAGAUGGGCGAAGGUGUACAAGUUGGCAUGAACAAACAGUUCCAAGAGGAAGAUGAAUCUUCUAUCCUCGAGCACUUCCUCAACGACGUCGUUUCGACAGCGAUCACCAGCCUGACCACCAUCUCUCGUACCGCCCGUCGCCCACCCUUCGGCUCCGUCUUCCUCCUCAACAACAUCUCCUACCUCCGCACGCACCUCCUCCUCGCACCCAUCUCACGCGCCGUCCCCGCCCUGCUCUCCUCCUCCACCAAAGACCUCCUCAACUCCAACUACCGCACCGCCAAAGCCGGAUACUUUGACGCCAACUUUUCGCCUCUGAUGCAGGCUCUGACGGACGACCCCAAGGGCGGGGGCAAGGGCGCGGCGAAGGAAAAGUUUACGAGGUUUUUUGAUUUGUUGGAUGAGGUUAUUGAGCGGCAUCGGUUUGCGAGGGUGUUUGAGGAGGGGGAGGAGGGUGCUGAGGAUCGGCAGGCGCUUGGAGAGGAAGUUGUUAUGUUGGUUGUGCCGAGUUUGCAGAGGUUUAUUCAGAAGCAGAAGGAUAGGGAUUUUAGUAAGAAUAUCAAGAGAACGCCGGAAGAAGUGGAGUCCCAGCUUCGGAGUGUCUUCAGUUAG